AUUCCUGAUUCCCUACGUGGUGUUUUUUAUUUGCUGUGGAAUUCCUGUUUUUUUCCUGGAAACAGCUCUGGGGCAAUUCACAAGUGAAGGUGGCAUCACGUGUUGGAGGAAAGUUUGCCCUUUAUUUGAAGGCAUUGGCUAUGCGACGCAGGUGAUCGAGGCCCAUCUAAACGUGUAUUACAUCAUCAUCCUUGCAUGGGCCAUCUUUUACCUGAGCAACUGCUUCACCACGGAGCUCCCCUGGGCCACCUGUGGGCACGAGUGGAACACAGAGAAUUGUGUGGAGUUCCAGAAGCUGAAUGUGAGCAACUACAGCCAUGUGUCUCUGCAGAAUGCCACCUCCCCCGUCAUGGAGUUUUGGGAGCGCCGGGUCCUGGCCAUCUCCGAUGGGAUCGAGCACAUUGGGAGCCUCCGCUGGGAGCUGGCCUUGUGUCUCCUGGCAGCCUGGACCAUCUGUUACUUCUGUAUCUGGAAGGGGACCAAGUCUACAGGAAAGGUUGUGUACGUCACUGCGACAUUCCCCUACAUCAUGCUUCUGAUCCUCCUGAUCCGAGGAGUGACGUUGCCCGGGGCCUCAGAGGGCGUGAAGUUCUACCUGUACCCUGACCUCUCCCGGCUCUCUGACCCACAGGUCUGGGUAGAUGCUGGAACGCAAAUCUUUUUCUCCUAUGCCAUCUGUCUGGGCUGUCUGACUGCUCUGGGAAGUUAUAACAAUUAUAACAACAACUGCUACAGGGACUGCAUCAUGCUCUGCUGCCUGAACAGCGGCACCAGUUUCGUGGCCGGCUUCGCCAUCUUCUCGGUCCUGGGCUUCAUGGCGUACGAGCAGGGGGUUCCCAUUGCCGAGGUGGCAGAGUCAGGUCCUGGCUUAGCCUUUAUUGCAUACCCCAAGGCUGUCACCAUGAUGCCCCUCUCCCCGCUGUGGGCCACCUUGUUCUUCAUGAUGCUCAUCUUCCUGGGCCUGGACAGCCAGUUUGUGUGCGUGGAAAGCCUCGUGACCGCCGUGGUGGACAUGUACCCCAAGGUCUUCCGGAGGGGCUACCGGCGGGAGCUGCUCAUCCUGGCUCUGUCGGUGGUCUCCUAUUUCCUGGGCCUCGUGAUGUUAACGGAGGGCGGCAUGUACAUCUUCCAGCUGUUUGACUCCUAUGCGGCCAGCGGGAUGUGCCUUCUCUUCGUGGCUAUCUUCGAGUGCGUUUGCAUCGGCUGGGUGUAUGGAAGCAGCCGGUUCUACGACAACAUUGAAGACAUGAUUGGCUACCGGCCCUUGUCACUCAUCACGUGGUGCUGGAAGAUCGUGACCCCCGGCAUCUGCGCGGGCAUCUUCAUCUUUUUCCUGGUCAAGUACAAGCCGCUCAAGUACAAUAAUGUCUACACCUACCCGGCCUGGGGUUAUGGCAUCGGCUGGCUAAUGGCCCUGUCCUCCAUGCUCUGCAUCCCGCUCUGGAUCUGCAUCAAGGUGUGGAAGACAGAGGGCACACUGCCUGAGAAACUCCGGAAGUUGACAGUCCCCAGCGCCGAACUGAAAAUGCGGGGCAAGCUUGGGGCGGGCCCACGGACGGUGACGGUUAAUGACUGUGACGCCAAACUCAAGAGCGAUGGGAGCAUCGCGGCCAUCACAGAGAAGGAGACGCACUUCUGAGCAGCCACGGGUCACCUGGGGUUCCUCUCCUUCCUCUCCUCCCCCGUGUGUGUAAAUGAAUACCUGAAACACGUAUUCACCUAAUGGUAGGGGCUUGCUCGUUUUGCACAGGAUUUAUUAACAAGUUAAUUUCAAGGUGGCCACUGUACACUCUGGUUUAAAGUCAGUCGUGUUUCCCCUCCCCAUUACCACGGAAGUAACCACUGCAAAGAGAUACGACUGUACAGUGACUGGCAGAAUAUCCUUGUCCUAGGGCGGUUUUAAUCCAUGUUUUCUAGAGGUUAGGAAGAAGUGUAUAAUAUUGUGAAACUUUUAUACUGGGGUCGUGGGCAGGUGGGUGGGGAACAAUGCCUGUCCUCCUCUGUCAGCCUUUUAACUGACCGUUCCAUGUCCCGUGUUUGUCUCUGACCAUCUGUGGCCACCCCUCCUCCACACCCCCAGGGAGAGUUUUUCCUUCAAACCUUCCCUUUUAGAGGGACAGUACGUUUGCAUACAGCAAGGCUGUGUGGCCGAAAAGAAGUAGUCCCAUCAGACUCAGGACUCCUGGAUUGCAGGCCCCCCUCUGCCCUCAUCCUGUUAAGUGACCUUGGGCACUCCUUUCCCCUCCUUGGGCCUCAGUUUCCCUAUCUCCCAAAUUGGGGGAGGGGCUGGAUUGAUGAUCUCCUGGGGAUGCUCUGUGCGUGCCUUGCUGGCUUGUAGGCCUGCUGUUGAUCUUGGCUGCUUUUGAAGACUUGCAGGCAAUAAUCUCUGCCUCCCAGCUGUACCCCCUCCUUGCGUAUUUAAAAUCAAGUUAUCAUGGAAAUUAUGUGGUGGUGAUGUGUGUUUCCCCUAAACUCUAGUUUUCUCUCCUCUGUGGGCAGCCCUGCUCUCUGGAGACCGGUGGGGGGGCCCUUGGCCUGGCCUGCCUUCCUCUCCUGGUCAUAUGCUGCCACCCCCACCUCUGCCUCCCCCCACCUGGGGCCGGCUGGAGUUGCCGUGGGGGCUGGCUUUCUGGGUCAGGAAGCAGCCGGCUGUUUCUUGCAGCCACCCUGGCCAGGACCCCCCUCCAGCCUUCCGCAGGAGGGAGCUGCGGCCAGGCCUAGGUCCUGGUUCCUCCCAAGGCCCUCCGUCUGGUGCCCUCUCCUCCCUCCUACUGUCUCCUCCCACUCCUCUCCUGCCUCUCAGUUCUGUCCCAUCCGGAUCCUUUGUUCCCAUCCAUUCCACCUGUCUCUCUGGGGUGCGGGGGAGCUGAGAAGGGAGGGGAGAAGUGGCACCCGUGGAGGGGCUCCUUCCUUUGUGGAGCCUGGAGUCUGCGGGGAGGCUGGUCUCUGCCCCGGCCAGCCUGGCUGACGCAUCUCUUCUUUGCCAGCUGGACCUUGCACCAAGUCUCUGCCUUGGUUUCUGAGCUGUUUGGGGGCAGAGAAGGUGCAUUCCUUUUUCCUUUUCUCUUUAGAUUCCCAGUCUUAUUUGGUGGAAAUGUUAGCUUUCUCCAAAUGUUAGCUUUAGUUGUCUGUAGGAGACCCGUGUGUUUGAUUCACCCAGAAGUUUCCAAGCCCCCAGCGUCUCUGCUCUGGCCAGCCCCCACCUGAAGCCCAAGUUUGUGGAGAGGGAUGCCCGGUGCCCCCCAGGAAGGGCAGGAUGCUCCUCUGUGCACACAGCACAGGCCUGCCCAGCUUCCUAGGACAAGCCACCACCCCCUCUCGGCUCACAGAGCUGUAAGGCCAGGGGAUCCAGGAAGACCUGCCUGGCUGUGCCCCGUCUUAUGGCGUACGUUUGUCCUCGACGGCUGUCCCUCCAGGGGAGGGAGGCUUCCCACUGCUGCUGCUACUGGUCCUCCACCACCGACUCCCAGGAUCCCUGUGGUCUGCCGUCCUGACCGCACGUCUCGUACACGUGGCACUAACACUUGACUCACGUAACACUACUCAUGGGGCAAGGCGGAGGGCGGGCUGCUGUUUUUUCGUUUUUUGUAAUUUCCUACUAGUAUUUGGGUAACUCUGGGGGCGGGGAGGGUGAUGUGGGGGCAGGGGGACAUGUCAUUGUGAUGACUUUUUUGAUAUUCACUAGAAAUGAUGCAUCCUUUCUGAGACGGUUGCGGUCUGCACAGUGAGCGUUUUUAUUGGGUAUUCAAAGGGCACAAGAUUGUCUGCUUACUCGUUUUUGAAAAUUAAAGAAAUGAACAAACGAU